AUAGUAGCUUACAAAUCCAUCCAAACGCGGCCUUAAAUCACUCCUAGUUGAGUUUCUAAAAAAACCUUCCACUGUGUGUGUAGUGUGUGUGUUGUGAGUUCUUGGAUAAUGUUGUUAACAGUGAGGCAAAUUUCUUCUUCUCUUUGCUCCACCGCUUCUCUCUCACACACUUCCCUCUCAAAAAACCGUUCUUUUUCCGACAAACCUCCUCGUAACUAUGUCGUCAGAAACCACCGCAGCUCUACUUGCAGAGCCACUCUCACCGUCCACAGAAACAACGGCGCCGCCGCCACCACCGCCGGCAAACGGAGCCACGAAACCUCCGUAUUUGACCCGCUUGGAAUAAAUCCAGACGGACUAUCCGAUUUAAAAACUGCAUGGGAAAGUGUUCUACAAAUAUUUUCCGAAACACUAAAUAGUACCUCCGGCACAAGAAAAGACAAAUCCUCAUCAACACGAGGAGCCGCAGCUGCUAUCGAAGACACGAGCAUCGAUUUUGGAGAUUUUUUCAAGGGCCCACUUCCUGGAAAAUUCCUCAAGCUUCUGGGAUUUUUAGCACUCUCUCGACUCGGAAUAUAUAUACCACUUGGCGGUGUAAAUAGAGAGGCUUUUGUGGGUAAUUUGGAUUCAAACAGCUUAUUGGGUACUUUGGAUUCGUUUUCCGGAGGGGGUAUUGGUCGACUUGGGAUAGGCUCUCUUGGUAUAGUGCCGUUUAUCAAUGCGCAGAUCGUUUUUCAGCUUCUUACUCAAAUAUAUCCUAAGUUGCAAGAACUUCAAAAACGAGAAGGCGAGGCUGGGAGAAAGAAAGUAUUGCAGUAUACUCGCUAUGCUUCGGUUGGAUUUGCGGUUGUGCAGGCGAUCGGCCAAGUACUGUUUCUUCGUCCUUACGUGAACGAUUUCAGCACGGAGUGGGCUAUUUCUUCGAUUAUAAUGUUGACACUCGGCUCGGUUUUCACGACCUACAUUGGAGAAAGAAUUACCGAUUUAAAAAUCGGAAACGGUACCUCGCUUUUGAUUUUCACGAAUAUAAUAUCGUAUCUUCCAGCUUCGGUUGGACGGACGGUUUCUCAAGCAUUCGGAGACGGCAAUUAUGUCGGACUUGGCGGCAUAGCCGUUUCCUUCUUCUUGCUCGUUCUUAGCAUUGUAUACGUUCAGGAAGCAGAGAGGAAAAUACCACUUAAUUAUGCCUCGAGAUAUACCGGUGGAGGUGGGGGGCUUCAGAAAUCCGCUUACUUGCCGUUUAAGGUUAAUAGUUCUGGGGUGAUGCCAAUCAUCUUCUCUACUUCAUCAUUGGCUCUUCCAGGAACUCUUGCCCGAUUUACCGGCAUCAGUUUUCUAAAGAAGGCUGCUGUAGGUUUAAAUCCCGGGGGUUCACUAUACUUGCCAACGAACAUUCUGAUGAUAGCCUUCUUCAAUUACUACUACACGUUUCUGCAAUUGGACCCCGAUGAUGUCAGCGAACAGUUGAAGAGGCAAGGUGCGUCGAUCCCGCUUGUCCGGCCCGGAAAAAGUACCGCCCAAUAUAUCAAAACGGUUCUGAGUCGGAUAUCGGUACUGGGUUCGGUCUUUCUGGCGAUUCUUGCAGCUGGUCCAGCUGUCAUCGAACAGGCAACACACUUGACGGCUUUUAGGGGGUUUGCGGGUACUUCGGUUCUAAUUCUCGUCGGUUGUGCGACUGAUACUGCUAGAAAAGUUCAGGCGGAGAUUAUUUCGCAGAAAUACAAGACGAUUGAGUUUUACGACUCCGACAAAUAUUGAACAGAAAUUGCACAUAACAACACCUGUAAUGAAUUGAUACAUACAACAUUUGAUUUAAGAUGGUGAUGGUUCUUUUGUAAAUUUUGCAGUUUUUGUUCGGAAGGUCUGUUUGAAUAUAGCUUCUAAUUUUGCUAUAAUUUUGAGAUAUUUUUUUUGCUUCAUUAA